AGCUGAAGCCUCGCUUUCAUUCAGCCAUCAUUUUCCGACUGCAGCGUCUGGGAAUAAGCGCCUGAGCGACUCUGAGUGAUAUUUUGUGAACGUUUCGGAUUUUAUUGAUAAAAUCAAGUGACAAAUACUCAAAAAUGGAGGGUGCUGACGAAACUACACGCGUGCUGGUUACCGGCGCAAGCGGAUUUAUAGCCACACACAUCAUACGUCAGCUGCAAGAAGAGGGGUACCAGGUCAGAGGGACGCUGAGGUCACUCGAGGACAAGGAUAAGGUUGAGAAGCUACAGACGCUGUGCCCGGAAGCAACCUUCAAGCUAGAACUAGUAGAGGCGGACCUCACCAAACCAGAAUCAUGGGAACCAGCGGUAAAGGACAUGAAAUACGUGAUCCAUGUGGCGAGCCCGUACCCGGUCACCCCACCCAAGGACGACAGUGAGAUUGUCACGCCCGCCGUGGAGGGAACACAGGCCAUCUUGAAGGCGUGUGUUCAGGCAAAGUCCGUGAAGAAAGUAGUCCUUACAAGUUCAUCUGUAGCAAUCUGCUACGGGACAGCGGAGCCUGGGAAGACGUACACGGAAGAAGACUGGAUGGAAGCGGAGAAGCUGGACGCCCACGGGAAGAGCAAGGUGCUCGCGGAGAAGGCUGCCUGGGAGUACGUCAAGGAACUGCCAGAUGAGGACAAGGUUGAAUUGGCGGUGGUGAACCCUUCCUACGUGAUGGGACCCGUCUUGAACGGCUCCAAGUGCAGCAGUAUGGACAUUGUCAAACGUCUCCUGGAGCAUUCCUCCAUGGCGCUGCCCAAGCUGAACUUCUCCGUUGUGGACGUGCGCGAUGUCGCCACUGCGCAUAUCAAGGCCAUGACCACACAGGAGGCUUCCGGCAAGCGAGUCCUUGUUACGAACGAAAACCUGUGGAUGAAGGAGAUAGCUUUAAUCCUGGCAAAGGAAUUUAAAAGCCAAGGUUACAACGUUCCCACGGCCAACUACCCGAACGCGGUGUUGAGCAUCAUUGGCGUGUUCGACAAGUCGGUCAAGAUGAUCAUUCCCCAGGUCAACAAAGUCGUCAAGUUCGACAACACCAAGAUGAAGGAACUACUCGGCGUGACCCCGCGUGAUCUCAAGGACACCAUUAUCGACAUGGCCUACAGCCUCAUCGAAGCAGGGCUUAUCAAGAAGUCCAAGAAAUAUAGGGGACCAGGCGGAAACGAGCCUGAAGCGGAAGAAGAGGGCGAAAAGAAGGAGGGAGAAGGAGAGGAGGAAAAACCGAAGGAGAAUGGUGAAGUGAAGGAAGGAGUAGAGGGUGAAACGAAGGAAGAGGAGGGGAAAGCUGAGGAAAAGAAGGAAGAAGGGAAGGAGGAGAAGGGAGAGGAAAAGGGUGAAGAGAAGGGUGAGGAAAAGGACAAUAAGGAAGUUGAGAAGGAGGAAGGUAAAACUGAGGAGAAAACUGAAGCUGGAGAAACUAAACCAGCUGAGGAAGCCAAAACUGAACAGAAAGAAGAGAAGAAAGAUGCUGAAUAGGCGAUAGUUUGCCUUAGGACAGUAAAUGACUAGGUAUCUGUAUUUAUGAGGACUUAAUAACAUUGUGAUUGUGACUUUUGGUGCCCCGUGAUGCCAUGUUGAGAGUUUCAGAGAAAAUGUGAUUUUUCUUUCUUUGCGUUCUUAAUAAUCUUCAUUAGACAUUGUUAUCGUUGGUCAAAAAUGUAAAGUAAAAUGUAGAAACAACAAAGAUUAGAUUCACAUUAAAUACCCUUUACUUCUAGAAAUCUACAAUUAUACUUCAUAAAUAUUAGUUGUUUCUUACCAAAAGCCAGAAAAGGGGCAGAGGUUCUGAUGGUGGUAAAUGUGUUACUGAAGAUUGCUUCAGAUUCGUUCCGUAUUCGAUAUUUUGAGUGUUUGAUAUGACUGAAAGACACAUCUCAUUCUCACAACCCACAACAUAAAUCACCAAUAACGUUCAUCAUACAUUUACCAUUUCCAUUCCCACUCCAAACAAAACAUGAACGCGUCUUUAGUAUAUAUGUGAACAAGAUUCAAAGGUUUUGUGUUUUUGAAUAUGUUGUUCCGUGGCGGCUUUUAGAUGCGUUUUCUUUUUUGGUAAUAUGUUCAUGUUUACCUGACACCACCUUAUACAAUGUCAUCACUGCUAAAUCCAAUUCAUAUAACUCUAGGCCCAACUCAAUAAUCAUCAGAGAUUUUGGCUUAUUUCUGUAAAGAGUAAAAUUUUGAAUGCUUUGACUGGACUGUAUAAUGAAUUGACUGAUACAUUGUAUGAAAUAACAAAAGUAUGUCUAGUCUAGUGAUAUUGAUAUAUAUUGCAUCAAAUACGGGCCGAGCUAGGGCUGUAUUCAAUAUACAAAUAGUUGUUUUGGACAUGCUUUUGUUAUUCUAUUCAGUGUAUUGGCCAAUCCAUGUUAUAGCCCAAUGAACACAUUUAGAUAUUUCUUAGAUAAAUUCAAGAUGUUUUCGAGUAGGGCCCAGGUUAUUUAACUGAAUAUGAAAUCAUAAGACUGCUAUGUUAUUGUGUAGGACAUUUAUUUAAUAAAUCGCAUUUGCAUUAUUCGUGUUUGAUGUGGCUGUCAGCCUAAUGCCAUUAUUGUAUGGUAUUUUGAUAAUUAAAUACUUAUUGCAUAAUUAAUGUUACACAUAUUUCUUCGUACCCCUGAAAAACAACAACAGAGUUUUGUAAAAACAUGGAAUAUGUUUUCUUUAAUAUGUAUUCAUACAUUUGUCAUUCAUUUAAACAACGUGCUUUAUGAAUUAAAUCUCAAAAAAGCCUUAGAACAUGUCGACUGAGGGUGCCUACAUAGCUUUUACAUUUGUGCGAAUAGAAUAUCUAAACUAAAUUAGCAUUUAAUGCAGUAUCACUGAUUUUUGCAACAUUUUCACUUGCAGAUUUGCUUCAUUUCCAUCUAGAAUAAGUUUAGUCCCAAUUAGUUCCAUAGAAUACAAUGUCAUUGGUGCACACAAAUAAUAUCUUAAAUAAGGAAAACACUUCACCAAGCAUUCGAAAUGUUAAAAGGGCUUUAAUUGAAAAUAGUUUGUUUUGAACCAAACACUUAAUUAACUUUUACAUUGUAUUGCGCUUUAGAAACACUGUUUAUGAAAUGACCUACAUAGCUUUGAUGAAGAAAUCUAAUGAUCGCAAAAUUAAUUUAUACUAUUAUAAAUUAAGAAUUUGCUGUAUAUCUCAAUAUAUUUUCCUGAACGGAAAUUGGACUUUUUUUCCGUGACGCAAUGCCAAACAUUUCCGUUUGUCAUUAUAUGAGUCACGUGAUCAAAUCACAUGGUACUACUCUUCUAGCAAAGCUUUCAAUAACAGUUUUGUAUUUUUGUACAGUUUUAUCUAUAUUUUUUGUGUAUAUACAUAUUGAUAUUACAUUUUUGCUAACCUUUCUUAUACAUUACUUUUUAAAUUAUAUUGUUUUUGCUUGCUUGAAUAUUCCUUAUAUAAUAGUAUGUUCAAUGACUGUCUUACGAUUCAAUCAUAUAGGACAUUUACAUACCAUUUUGAAGCAAAACCAACUGAAACAAGAAAUAGCUGUCGACUUAUACUACUGUUUGCAAAUAAACACCCCGUCCAAGUACGACAUAUUUGUACCGCCAUAGUAAUGGCUCCGAGCAAUGUGUUUCAGUACUUCAAAGAGUUUCAUUUGCCACUGCAACGUUCAUGCAGGCGUAAUUUAAAGCUACAAUUGAUUAUUCGAUUGAAGUAAAACCAUUACAUAUUGUGCUUAUAUGAACGCUUUACGAGGUAUGAGCCCGCCUCUUCAGUAGUUAGUUCCACGUGGUACGUAAAGGUGUUCGCCAAAUGGCAGAUGGAGGCAGUCGGUUUCAUUAAUGUGAGAAUUUGACAGGCUUUAGAUACCCCACAUGUUUUGAAACUCAGUUGUUGAAAUGAGCACGGACAUUCAAUGAAUUAUAAACUCGAAACGCUAAGUUGAUUUGCAAACAGUAGCAUAACUUUUCAUGCUAUGAUAUAAAGACGUCAGUAGGCUACCAUUUCAAAUCACCUACCAAGCCCCCCUUUAAGAAAAUGAUUUUUUUAUAGAUUCAUUUUGAUAUUUUUUACCUUCACUGACCAAUUCAAAAAUGAGCUACUUGCUAAGCACCUAAUAAAACUACAGGGACCAUGCCAGUUUUGGCAGUAAGAAAGGACUGGGUUUGUGUCAAUGUGUUUUGGCAGGCGCCCCUAUCUAGCGUUCAGACAAUUGUUUGACGAUUUUUAAGAAAUGGCCAGUAUUUUGCUUUAGACUUUACAUCAGCAGUUGUAGCUUCUUUGAACAAUUUUUGAUUUAUUGUAGUUUUUUUCAUAAAGACAUGGAUUAUCGUCUUCGGAUGAAAUAAUAUAACUACUUUUGAUACAGACAUACGAUCAUUUAGAAAUUAAAUAUAAGUAUUAACUGAAAUCAUAGUAAUUGGAUGUCACCAUUGCUUUCCAUUUUAAAUAAAUUAUUCUAUACGUCAAAUUCAGGUAAAAGAAACCAAGGAACCAUCUCAUGAAUAAUUCUAGGAGCUUUUAAGUACAUAGGAGAUACUAUCGAAAAUGCAGAAAUACUGUCUAAAACCUCCCUAGCUACAACUCCACCCCUAGGCUAAAUUAAUGAGACUGUCCUUUGGAUUUCCAAGCACAGCACUAGAAAAUUAAGAGGUUGCAAUUACUGGAGUAAGUCUGUCUUCCAACAAUUUCUGUCUUUGCUAUGUCGUUUUCGUAUGCUGUAUUCAAUGCAAUUUGUGUUUUUGUAAGCUUAUGGAUAAUAUUGUUCGUGUGAACAUCACACAUUUCUUGACAAUAUAUGUUGUGCCUGUUUUCCGUGUUAAGAGUUAAGACUAUGGAUCAACAUCUCUUUAAUAUCUGUUCAUGAGUAACAUCACAUAUAGUUAUAUAUCAUGUAUCUGUGCAGUACUUGAUUGAAUUCAAUAUUAAUUCUUGUUCUUGAAGAACCUAGCAAUAAUUACAAUCUGAAUAACUUUUUGCUUUUCAUUAAACGAAAUAUAUAAGUUUAAUUAUUAGUAUUAUAUGUUAUUAACGGUUAUAAAUAUUGUAAACGAUGGUCAUAUGUGUACAACAUGAUCGCAAAUAUGUACAUGUUGCUUUAUACCGCUUUCAUUUGUUAUAUAUAUUAUGUACAAAUAAAUGCGUCAUUAGA